GCAUAAUGAAAUGAUUCAGGGAUAUUCAGGGGGGGGUUCAAGGAGGUAAGUGGCUUUUGAACCGCCCUAGCUUGAGUGCAAGAUAGCUGCGGUCACCAUUGUGGUCACCUGCGAUCGCUCAGGCCUGAGGCCCUCCGAAGACUUGACAGAUUUGGGCAGGGCGGAUCAUCGGUUUGGUCUUGUGGAGGUGCGCCUGGAUGGCAGCGGAAGACUUUGCAUUUUCGUCCAGAUGGAUCGGAUCUGGCACUUGAUCAAUUGGCAACUGCCAGGAUUGGAGGCCGUUGGGCUCCCGAGUGCGAGGUUCUGCGGCUGCACCGAUCCACGGUUGAAGCCUUGGGAGCCAGCGACAAGGUGGUCUCCUGCCUGCGUGUGAUGGACGCCGUGCCGGAGGGUGUGAUCACCGUAGAGCUGAAGCCUGGCUGUGGCUUGCUGGAGCUCUAUGGCCAACCAGGGCUGUACCACAUGCAAGAUCAGUCUCUACUGCGAUCUGCGGAGAUGGCCAAAGGGGGGAGGUACAGCGCGCCUGACCUCUUCUCUGGUCGAAAGGACCGCGUGUUGAGGGCCCUGGAAGCCUUGUGCGAGGGGCCCACGACAACAGCGGGAGAUGCCGAGCUACAGGUCCUCCUGGAUGAUCGCCUGGCUUCACAGGAGGAGGCUGUGGAGCUCUUGAAGCUGGAGGUCCCAGGUGCAAACACAUCGUCGCCCUUACUUUCUAUUGUCGCUGAUUUGCUGGAUGCCCGCGGAGAAGCCUUUCCGAUGCUUCCUGGCAUUUUGCGAGCCCAAUGUGCUGGCCGUGCGCUGAACGCCAGCUGUGCCCAGCUUUGGGAGACGCUGGGUCGCAGCGCACCCCACUGGCGACCCACUCGGGAGGAGAUGGAGAACGCCAUGAAGAGAGGGUAUUGGUCCCUGCCUGCAGACCAGAGCGGCUUGCACUCCCGCGAACGGGAGGCGGAGCGACUCUUGGACCGUGCCAAGCGGGAGAUGUGGCAGGAAGGAAGCCAAUCGCGCCUGGAACUGGAGAAGCAGAUCCGAAAGUUCCUGUGCCUACACCUCUUGGGUGAUGCCGCCUGUGAAGUUCGCCUGAGGAUCAACUUGGUACGGCCUUCGGAUGCACAGCAGGAAGUUCUCUCAGAAUAUCGUUUCGCUCCUUUGCCAGGGAUGCCUGACAUUUGGUGUCGGGUCGAAAUGGCACCGCUGCAUCUCAAGCUAUCAACCUAGCUCGCUUGCGCCGUUCAAA